UUUAUAACUCUUAUAUAUAAAUCUUAGUUCUUCAUGAUUAUAUAUAUAUAUAUAUAAGAAAAAAGAGUUUUCAGCUUCAGAACAAACUAACUGAUUAACUGAAAACCGAAUCUCAUCUCGAACCCAUCGAUGCCAUCUGGGCCUGAUCGGAUCCCACCAAACACGGCCCAAAUUGCUCCAUUAAUCAACUCAAAUUUAUUAUUAUUAUUAAGAUUUAAUUUCUCUUUCUCAGUUCUUGAGUAGUUCUGUUCUUAUUAGUUCUUACAGUUACCAAGAAAAACAGAAUCUUCAGUUAUAAUUAGUUGGAAAAACGAAAACUAAGAAAAAAAAAAAAAACUGAAGUUUUAUGGCUCAGAGAAGUGGUGGUAGUGGGCCCAACAAAUCAGACAGCCCACCGGUAUUGAAGAGGUCCAAAACCAUCAUCGCCGGUGGUGGGCCCAGCCGGCCCACUACGACUCAACACUUCGCCGCCGCCGCCACCGCCCUGCCGCAGCGACACUGGCCACCCUCCGCCUCCACCGAUCUCCGCGUCGUUACCACUCACAACGAUGAUCCUCCUGCCAAUCGAGACUGGUUCUAUCCUUCCUUCAUGGUCCCCCAAACCACAAAGCGCGUGGCUCACAAGCUCGCCUCCUCCGAUUCGCGUCCGCGUCCUCCUCACCGGGUCGCUGCUCCAUCGCCCAAGAAGCCUGAUGUUGAGAGUAAGAAGGUGAAGCUCGUUCCUAAUCGUUCUUCCACUGAGUCGACUCAGUCGAAGCCCUGUAGGGUCAGCUGGAUGCGGAAGCUGAAAUUCUUGCUGGCUUUUGCUUGUAUAUUGAUAUUGGGAUUAUAUACAGUACAUCUUCAUGGAAGAGUUGCGAAACUUGAGGCUGAGAAUGCUUCUCUUCAUAAGUUUUGUAGUAAUAGGGAUAGUCAUAGUUAUGAAAGCACCGAGGAUACUAUGCAGAGUGAAGAGAAUGAUAAAAAUAGUAUUUUGGAUUAUGGCAAUGCUGAAAAUAGAAGUGUUGCUUUGUAUUCUGUUGUCAUCACAUUGGUAAUGCCAUUCUUGCUGUGCAAAUACCUUGAUUAUCUUCCUCAUAUAACGAAUUUCUCGAAGAGGAGGAAGAAAAACAAGGAAGAGGUUCCUUUGAAGAAGAGAAUUGCAUACACUGUGGAUGUUUGUUUCUCGGUCUAUCCUUAUGCCAAGCUUCUUGCUCUUCUGUUUGCAACUAUGUUCCUUAUUGGGUUUGGUGGAUUGGCAUUGUAUGCUGUCAAUAACAAUAGCUUUGCUGAAGCUCUUUGGCUUUCGUGGACUUUUGUAGCAGAUUCUGGAAAUCAUGCUGAUACUGAGGGCAUUGGACCAAGAAUUGUUUCUGUCUCGAUAAGUUCGGGAGGUAUGCUUAUAUUUGCAAUGAUGCUUGGGCUUGUUUCGGAUGCCAUAUCUGAGAAGGUGGAUUCAUUAAGGAAAGGGAAGAGUGAAGUCAUUGAAAAGAAUCACAUACUCAUUCUUGGCUGGAGUGACAAACUGGGUUCACUUUUAAAACAACUAGCCAUAGCAAACAAGAGCAUUGGUGGUGGUGUAGUGGUUGUACUUGCUGAAAGAGACAAGGAAGAAAUGGAGAUGGAUAUAUCAAAGCUCGAAUUCGAUUUUAUGGGGACAUCUGUUAUAUGCAGAAGUGGUAGUCCUCUUAUACUGGCUGAUUUAAAAAAGGUUUCAGUUUCAAAAGCACGGGCUAUCAUUGUUCUGGCAUCCAAUGAAAAUGCUGAUCAGAGCGAUGCUCGUGCUUUGAGGGUUGUGCUCAGCCUCACAGGAGUGAAAGAAGGUUUAAGGGGCCAUGUUGUUGUAGAGUUGAGUGACCUUGACAAUGAGCCUUUGGUGAAGCUUGUUGGAGGCGAACUCAUUGAAACAGUUGUCGCUCAUGAUGUGAUUGGGCGCUUGAUGAUACAAUGUGCUUUGCAACCUGGUCUUGCACAGAUAUGGGAGGACAUUUUGGGAUUUGAGAAUGCCGAGUUUUAUAUCAAAAGAUGGCCUCAGCUGGAUGGUCUUCGCUUUGAAGACGUGCUAAUUUCAUUUCCAGAUGCAGUUCCAUGUGGAGUUAAGGUUGCUUCUGAACAUGGGAAGAUAAUACUGAAUCCAGAUUAUAACUAUGUCAUUGGAGAGGGGGAUGAAAUCCUCGUUAUAGCUGAGGAUGAUGACACAUAUUCUCCAGGUUCCCUUCCUGAGGUUCGUAGGGGUUCUUGUCCAAAAAUGGUUGACCCUCCAAAAUAUCCUGAGAAAAUAUUGUUUUGUGGUUGGCGUCGUGAUAUUGAUGAUAUGAUUAUGGUUCUAGAGGCAUUUUUGCCGCCAGAGUCAGAACUUUGGAUGUUUAAUGAAGUUCCUGAAAAAGAUAGAGAGCAGAAGCUUACAGAUGGAGGCCUUGACAUUGCUGGUUUGGUGAACUUAAAACUUGUUCAUCGUGAGGGAAACGCUGUGAUUAAACGCCAUUUAGAGAAUCUUCCCCUUGAAACUUUUGAUUCUAUUUUAAUUCUUGCAGAUGAGUCAUUAGAGGACUCUGUUGUGCAGUCUGAUUCGAGAUCUCUUGCCACUCUUCUCCUCAUUCGCGAUAUCCAGUCAAAGCGUCUUCCAAACAAGGAUACAAAGUCAACAUCUUGGCGGUUUCCAGGAUUCUCACACAGCACUUGGAUCCGCGAAAUGCAGCAAGCCUCACACAAAUCAAUAAUCAUUAGCGAGAUUUUGGACUCUAGGACUAGAAAUCUAGUAUCUGUGUCGAGAAUCAGCGAUUAUGUUUUAUCAAAUGAACUCGUAAGUAUGGCGCUAGCAAUGGUUGCUGAAGACAAGCAAAUCAACCGGGUACUCGAGGAACUUUUUGCAGAGCAGGGGAACGAGAUGUGUAUAAAACCAGCAGAAUUCUACUUAUUCGACCAAGAGGAAGCAUGCUUUUACGAAAUAAUGAUUAGAGCCCGGCAAAGGUACGAAAUUGUUAUCGGUUAUAGACUUGCUAACACAGAGUGUGCUAUCAUUAAUCCACCAGAGAAGUCAAAACCAAGAAAAUGGUCCCAUGAUGAUGUUUUUGUUGUGAUUGCCUCAGAAGACUGAAGAGUAGGAAUAAGAGUGUUCUAGAAACUAAGACUAAUCUUUGGUGUAGACCCAACUGACCAUUCUUUCACCUUCUGGUUUGACCAACCAUAUCAUCAAUGAUGGAGCUCAAAAUAUGUAGAUUGCUGUCGUGUAUUGCAGUAAAUAUAGUCCUGAGAUCUAAUUCAAUCACUAAAGAUUUUCAACGGCUUACUUGAUGUGAUUAUUAUAUUUCUCUUUGUACUUGUAACUCUAUAAUUAAAAUAGGCAUGAGAUUAGCAUUCUUAGUCAGCUAGAAAGAGCUAAACAUGUUGUAUCAAUAUAUAUACAAUUUAUUAGAGAAUAUUAAUAAUUCUUUUAAUUGUAAACUCUCUUUUGAGGAUUGUAAUCUUAUUAUCGUUAUUAUUUUUAUUAAAAAUAUACUUCAAUA